GCAUACUAGAACAAAGAAUCUCAAUCAAAAUUCUUCAACGUUACUCAAUUUUCCAUCACAUGAUUUUCAAACCCCAACAACAAAUCCUAGCCAUUAAUCUUCUUAUCAACCAACAACACCCCAUAUUUUCUCACAUAACAUUUUCUCGGGAAAAUAUGGUCACUUUUCUUGUCUUUCUAGUCCUUGAUUUUCUUGACACUGUUUUAUGUUUAGUUUAUAGAUUCAUUGAUGAGUUUUUAGAAGGAAAAGUCUCAACAUGUUACUGCCAAAAACAAAGGAGUUAUAAUGAUGAUGAUGGCGGUGAUGGUGAUGGUGAUGGUGAUGGUGAGCUCUCUGAGACGCUGUUUGGAAGGAAAAACAUUUUUCGGGAAAUGGGAUUUCUUGGUUUCUCGAAAAAAUUAUGUGAGAAUAAUGAUUCAAAGAAAAUAGAAUGUAGUAAACAAAGAUGGUCUGAUUGUGGAUGUGAGUCUUGUCUUUCAUGGAUGAGUAGUAAUGGUGUUCUUCAUGUUUCUAUUACACAAUCUUCUCAACAAGCCAAUGAAGAAAAUGAUGAAAAGAGUGUAGAAGAGAAUGUGAUAUUCUUACAUGGCUUUCUUUCCUCAUCUUCAUUAUGGACAGAAACUGUGUUUCAAAAUAUAACCAAUAAUUCCAAACAAGUAACAAAUUGUAAUGUUAACUAUAGAUUGUUUGGUGUUGAUCUAUUGGGAUUUGGAAGGAGUCCAAAGCCAAGAGAUUGUUUCUACACUAUAAAAGAUCACUUGGAAAUGAUUGAGAAAUCUAUAAUCAUUCCAUAUCAAUUGGAUUCAUUCCACUUAGUUGCACAUUCCAUGGGGUGUAACAUUGCCCUAGCAUUGGCUGCAAAGCAUUCAAAAUCCGUAAAGUCAAUCACUCUAGUAGCUCCGCCAAUUUUUCCUUCGAAAUUUGGAGCUAAAAGGGUGCUUGAAGAGCUUGCGAAAAGGGAAUUAUGGCCUCCAUUGUUGUUUGGGUCAGCUGUUAUGUCAUGGUAUGAGCACAUUGGUCGAACUGUUUGCUUAUUAGUAUGUCGAUUCCACAGGACAUGGGAGAAAUUAUUGAAGCUACUUCUAAAGAAAAAGAGCCUACAUUUCAUGAUUUUGGACUUGGCUAGACAUACACACCACUCAGCUUGGCAUUCAAUGCACAAUGUGUUGUGUGGAGGAAACAAGCUAAUGGAAAAGUACUUAAGAGUUUUGAGUGAAGCCAAAGUCAAGAUUUGUGUAAUUCAUGGUGAUAAAGACCAUAUUGCCCCUGUUGAAUGUACUUACAACAUCAAGAGAAUGGCUCCAAAUGCAGAGAUUAACAUCAUAAGAGGUGCCAAUCACAACACUAUAAUCCUUGGUAGAGAAAAAGACUUCACUACAAACCUUCAACUUACUUGGGCUUCUUCAUCACUUCAUCAUGAUGAUGAUGAAUGAUACUUCAUAGCUGAAAAUUUUGGUUACUUAGAACAAUGUUAUUUCUUCCCGACGAUUUUGCAGGCC